AUGGCGGAACUUGGAAAUGCUGGCGGACCUGCGCCAACUUCUCCACCUCGAUCGCCAGAGGUCCCUGAGGUCCCUGAGGUCCCAGAGGUCCCUGAGGUCCCAGAGGUCCCAGAGGUCCCAGAGGUCCCAGAGGUCCCUGAGGUCCCAGAGGUCCCAGAGGUCCCAGAGGUCCCAGAGGUCCCUGAGGUCCCAGAGCAACCAGUGAAUGUUCCUGCGAACCUUCCUGAAGGUGCCAUUGAGCCUCAAGGAAAUCUUAAUGACGAGGCAGAAGGCUAUGAGUCGGCUUCCGAUACAGUUACCAAUGCUUCCACCUCGCUAUCAUCGUCCGUUCGAGACUUCAACUUCGAGAACAACCGACGGUAUCACAAAUACAAAGAGGGACGGUACACAUUUCCCAACGACGAUGCUGAACAAGAAAGAGAAGAUAUGAAACACGCAAUGGUAGUGAGCAUAUGCGGCGGCAAGCUGCAUACCGCGCCGCUUGAAAACCCUCAAAAGAUUCUGGACAUAGGUACCGGCACCGGUAUCUGGGCCAUUGACAUGGGCGAUGAAUACCCGGAAGCUGAGAUCACUGGUAUCGAUCUGAGCCCAAUCCAACCCUCAUAUGUGCCGCCGAAUGUGCACUUCAUCGUUGAUGAUGUGGAGGCUGAAUGGCUGUAUCCGGAUAAUUCUAUCGACUACAUUCACCUGAGACACAUGAGCCCGGCCAUCAGAGACUGGACGAAGGUGCUUAAUCAAGCAUACAGGGUUCUGAAGCCGGGUGGCUGGAUCGAACUCCAAGAGAUGUGGUGGUUUUACCACUGCGACGACGGGACUAUGCCUGAGGAUUACGCCUUGACAAAGAUGAUCAAGCUCAUCUGGGACGGCCUCGAAAAGUUCGGCAUUGAUCGCAAUUUACCUUACUCCUACUCAGGACGACUUGAAGAAGCGGGAUUUGUGAAUCAAGUGCGCGACAAAGUGAAAGUCCCAUUCGGGGGGUGGCCAAAACGACCUGACCUAAGAAUGAUCGGAUCGUAUUGCGCGGCAGUCGUUUAUGAUGGGCUAUACACUAUCAACCACGGGCCCUUGACGAAAGGCCUGGGAUGGACUACGGAGGAAGUUGAGGUCUUCCUGGUGGAGAUCCGAAAGGACCUGUUGAAUAAGUCGAUCCACUCCUACGUCCACUAUGAGACCGUUGCGGGCCAGAAGCCAAAGGGGGAGAACGUAUGA